GCUGGUGUUUGUUCCGAGUUUGUCUUUUUUGUAGUACUGACUACUCCGCCUGCUCCAGAAGUAGAUGCUGAAAUUCGAACUGGUGCUGUGUUUUGGAUUAGGUCUCGGCACCUAGUUGACGAACUUGAUUUUAGAGCUAUAUCCAGUGGCGGUAUAAUUGAUGAAGAGUUGAUAAAACGAAAAAGCUAAGCGAGAAGUUCGAGUUCCACAACUUCCCUCGAUAAAUAAAAAGGCACCUCCGGCUACAAGGAGGAAAUCAAUCAAAAACAAAAUGUCCUCCUCGUCCUCCAGUUUUUCGGGUAAGCUGCCCAAGUUCCUCGAGCGGAAACUGAAGACGCUAAAAUGCCCCCAGGCUUCCCCCACCCUGGACGACUUUCAGCGAAUAGUGUUGUGGCUGGAAGAAGAAAAGGUGCGGCUCUACACCGUCGCGGAACGAGCCAAGAUGUAUCAGAGAGAACUUUCAAGUAAUUGCUGUACAACUAGCUUGGUAAUGCCAAUUUCGUAUGUUUUUCAUUUUUUUGCAUCAAUCUAUUUUCAAAUGAAUUAGUCAAAAUCAGCAGAUGUGCAGCACUCUUGCAUUCCGCACAUUGCCAGAUUCUCGCACGGCAUGGCGGGCAUCCCUUGACUGUAUUCUUAGGUAUUUUGCAAGAAAUGAAGGAAGGUAGACGUAGAUCUUAUUUUGUUCAGGCAUGUUUUAGUAUAAAGAACAUGUGGACAAAUUUUCUCUCUGAUCACCUGCGGGAGGUGAACAAGCGGCCGCAGUGGUACCGAGCAACCAAGGAAUAUCUCAAGGAGCUCGGUAAGAGUAGGUUCGUUGUUAGGCCUGCAGAAGUUUGUAUUGCAGUAGGGAUUUGUACAUAGGACAAGGCACUGGAGAUGCUCUCUACUCCCCUGCACACGACAAGCGCGACUUCUGUUGACCCUUCUGUACGUACCACAGGUCUAGAUGAGUCGCUGUGCGAUUCCCUCUCAGACAAGGCCCCGCCGGAUGUCAAGCUCAAGGUCCUGGAUGUGCUGUAUCAGGUGGAAAAAUUGUUGAGCAAGUACAUCACGAAGGCGAACUGAUUUUUUCCUAUGCAAUAUCUCGCGCUUAAAAAAGUAAGAACACUGUGCUACAGAUGAUACGCACCAUUCGAAAGAACGUCAUGCUGCUUUUGUGAUUGAGCCUCUGGAACUAGUACUUAUUUGCUUCUACAACUGCUGGGAAGUGCAUUUGAGUUUUCGUUUUCAACCUGAUAUGCCCACCUCCAUGGCCGUGCACGACGAGUAUCAAGACGCGAUCGAGGAGAAGAGGAUAAAGCUCCCGGCGGCGGAAGAGGCGGAUCCGAACGCCGCUGCCAGAUUGGCGAAAGCGGUGGAGCUUUGUCAGCUUAUCGAGCCGCUGAACAAGGUAAGUACUGAUGUUCAUACUGGUCAUCUACUAUUGUCAUGAAAGAAUGAAAGAUCGCGAGAAGAAGAAAUUAUUGUGUUGACACAAGCACUUUUCCUUUUUUUGGUCCCUUGAGGUUCUAACAUCAUUUCAUGAACAGUCAAGUUUUGCUUCACCAGAAUUCAAUGGGAAAUUUUUACAGAUUCUUGCUGACAACUCGCUCCCUACACUUACCGACGACGUGGGAGACGACGACAUUGUCGCAGCGGUGUCUCUAUCCAUUGCAAGUAUAAAAAUCGAUCCGGUAGUUCUGGAAAAAUGGCAAGUGAAAUUAGGAAAUGCGUUGCUCGCAUGCGUGCAAAGCUGUUUUUCUGCAGACUGCCGAAUGGGGCUCGCAUUUUCCAAUGCACAAAUACCAAUACGUUGACUUGUCAUCCUCAGCAUCAUGUAGAUGUAAAUGAAUUUCUCGUCAUGCUUGGCUGCUUACCAAAGUUUGGUCCUGUAAUCAAAAGCGCAUGAAAAAUACGAAGUAGUUCAAGUGAGCCAGAUCGAUGUUUGCAAGGUGCAUAGUCUCUGCUGCACAACCGCCAUUUCCCGCCGGACGUGAACAUGUCUGACGCCAUAUGCCAGGAAGAAAGCUUGAAAUAUGCAAAAAUGAAUGAAUGCAGGAGGGUACUACAAUGUGGUGCGCAGGCAACUUCUGCGAGCCCAAGCAGCGUGUACUUGCUAUGAGAGAAAUCGAUCUAUGUAUUGUGGCGAGGCAGAUAUAAUUUGUUUCUUCAUUCUAUGGUGCAUCAGUUCAGUUUUUCUUCCGGGAUACGCGAUUAGCGACCAGAUGCAACUAGAAACCGUGCCAAUUGGGAUUGAGCUGGAGACGGAACAUAUGCCGCGCAAAUACAACAUCAGGGGCAGCUAAAUUGCAUCCUCAAAUGCAACUCAGAAUAGUGAGGUGACAAGUCUGUUAUGCGCAUUAUGAUUUUUGUGUGACAGUACUAAAAGUGACAAACACGACGUGCAAAUGCAAUCGGGAAGAUGAAGAUCUUUCCAUGCACGGCUCUAUUUCCCGACCCAGACGUGUAUUUGCGUUCGAUGCCACAGGAAAAGAGGCAGCUGCAGGCGCCGAUCGCGCUUCUGAGGUUUCUGCACAACCACAACAUGCGGGAUUUUCAACAGAGAAUCAACGAGACCAUCAACAAGCUGCAGCAAUUUACCGCCGAUCCGAGGACCGACGGGGCGCUGGGACGUGUGGGGAGGUAGCUUGUGCGUUCUUUCGUGGUCUUCGUGUCUUUUUGAGGAGAAGACAGCGAGAACCUACUUGCCGGCGGCUGCGACAAGUAGAAGAAGUACGGCGGGGGCGAGUGAAACAGAAACGUCAUAUGACCGAAGGACGCCACGACCCAUGGCUGUAGCGACAGCAAAUGUCGUGCUGCCGGUGUGUAUGGCUGAAGUUGAACAUGCGUAGGUUUAGGCGACGUAUUCUCAACUAGUUUAUAUACGACUUCAUGAGUCGGCUAAUACUCCACGUAAGACAAUACAGAAGUCCAUUGCUGUGCGGCGCUACAAUCAUACUGCCCACAUAACGGGCCCCACGCCGCGUGUUCUACUGUUGCCGACAAUCACGAAAGGACGUUUCGACCUUGUUGGGUAGUUUCUUGGUUUCGAAUUUUCGAACACCC